AUGUCAAAAUCCCUCAACAUCCUCGUCUCAGGAGCCGGAAUUGCAGCAGGUGUCUUCACGAACUGCAUACGACGAGCUUUUCCCAACAAUGCUCGCAUCACAAUGGUCGAACGAGCACCUCAGCUCCGACUGACUGGUGCGAGUGUCGACAUUCGGAAUUCUGCUGUCGAUAUUAUCAAGUGGAUGGGCGUUGAGCCUGCUAUUCGAGCACAUAGUACUGGCGAGAAGGGACUUUCAUAUGUCGAUGCCUAUGGACGUCCAUUCGCAACUAUCGCCACGACUGGAAGAAGCGAUGUUCAAAGUCUUACAUCAGAAUACGAGAUUUUCCGUGGAGAGCUGGCUAAGAUAUUGAUUGAGCCUGUGGAGAAGGAUAUCGAAUUGGUUUUCGAUGAUCAUGUUAAGGACUAUCAACAAAACGACAAUGGGAUUCUGGUCACAUUUGCAUCAGGUCGAUGUGAGAGCUACGAUCUUCUCGUGGCGGCUGAUGGAAUGCGAUCGAUCAUUCGAGGAAUUAUGCUGGGCGAGGAUUCCAACAAGCAUGUACAUGAUGAGGGUGUCUUUGCCGCAUAUUUUACCAUCAAUAAAGAUCUCUUGGAAGGAUCUCAGGUGGCCAAAUGGCGGAAUAUGACUGGAGGUCGUACGAUCCUACUUCGCCCUGAUCCUUCACCUACCGGUCGUACACGAGCACAUAUCAUCACUGUCAUCAAGAAGAGCGACAAGGCUAGAGCUGAGCGACUGCGGAAUGCCGUACGGAAAGGCAACGAGAGCUUCAUGCGAUUGAUGGAGGAAUGGUACCGCGAUGGAGACUGGUUGACGAAGGAUGUGCUUCGAGGGAUGCGAGAAAGUGACGACUUCUACUGCUCACCCUUCGCGCAAGUCCGCACCCCAAAGCUAGCUGACUCCAGAGUCGUCUUUAUUGGCGACGCAGGAUAUUCAUUACCCGGAUUCGGUACAAGCUUGGCCAUUAUUGGUGCAUAUGUGCUUGCUGGUGAGCUAUUAUCACACUCGGGCAAUAUUCCACGCGCUUUGACGAGUUACGAAGAACAAAUGCUUCGGUUCACUAAGCCAAAGUUGAAGGAUGAUGGUGCUAUGCAGGUGUUCAAUCCUCAGACGAAGUGGGGACUUGCUGUGCGAAAUACGAUCUUGAGGAUUGUGACGAGGACAGGCAUAGAUCAGUUGGGGAUGCGGGCGGCUGUCGCUGUGGGAAUAGGAGAUGCGCCGUUUCCAUUGCACAAGUAUCCUUGGCCAAACGAACAGGAGCGAGAGCGAUGA